AUGCCGAAAGCAGAAGUUGGAUCAACGAAGUUUCUGAACAACAAAUUAAAGUCCAAAGGUCUUCAGCGAUUACGAUGGUAUUGUCAAGUAUGCGAAAGACAAAUGCGGGACGAAAAUGGCUUCAAAAUGCAUACACAAUCCGAGUCGCAUGUUCGACAGAUGCUCCUCAUUGGCGAAGAUCCUAAGAAAUUUAUCAAUGAUUAUAGCAAUCAAUUUCAGCGCGACUUUCUACAAUUAUUACGAACUUCUCAUGGCGAAAAACAAGUCAAUCUAAAUCAUUUCUACCAGGAAUACAUUAGCAACAAGGAGCAUGUCCAUAUGAAUUCAACAAAAUGGCCAUCCUUGACAGAGUUCGCAAAAUUUUUAGGCAGGGAAAGUCUGUGCCGAGUGGAGGAAACGGACAAAGGUAUACAAGUAGCAUGGAUUGACAACUCACCUGAGGCGUUAAGACGACAAGAUGCGAUUAGAAAGAAGGAGAGACAAGACAAGGGCGAUGAAGAGCGGGAGCAAAUGCUUAUCAGGGAGCAGGUACGUCGCGCGAAGCAAGAUGCUGAAGCUCGUGGAGAGUCGGAGGUGGAUGAACAAGAACGAGGCCUCAAGAGGGAGGAGGGGGAGAAAAUAAAGCUCAGCUUCGGCGCUAAGCCUGCGGUCUCAAACCCCGAGAGUAAAACCGUUGUGCUACCGGAUAGCAAGAUGCCGGCUGGCGAUGCGCUUCCUCUCGAGACAGCAAAAGGUGUGGAUAAAUCCUCUGAGGUAUUGGCGAAGGACGGCAGUAAAACUGCAGAGUCUACGAAUCCCGAUGCCGCGGCGCCACUUCCAGCGAAAGUUUCCUUGAAGAUGGGAUUUCAGAGCAAACCAAAGAACGUUUUUGCUGCGGCCAAGAAGAAUGCUCUAGGAGGUAAGAAGGCCCCUGUGUUUGAACAACCGAAAAAGAUGAGUGAAGCAGAACGUAUUAUGAAAGAAGAGAUAGAGCGCAAGAGGACCAGGGAGCAAUCACAUGGAGGGCCUUCCCAAAAAAGGCCACGAUUUUAA